ACAAUCAACCCGAAUUUGCCAGCGAGAGUGCGCGCGAAAGUUGACCGUAGCUUGUUCUUGCGUGAAGCGCAUCUUACGUCAGAGUCACUCAAAAUCCGAAAAAGCGACAGGAACGUGACUUGGAUCUUCGUCGGCGACUUGUCGCGGCCGCUGCCGUCGGGGACACGUUCUGGUCCGCAGAUGCUUUUCGAUCUACUGUUUUAGGACUUGGGACGAGACUCGAUACCCCAAACAAUGGAUACCAAAAUUCCCGAUGGGCCACCUGGUGUUGACCUUCACCCAACAUCUAAAUGUCCGCAUGUCGUACUCGGGGUGAGUUCCACCGCGACGGCGCAAGCGCACCCCGAUGACGGGGUGCACUACUUACAGCAAGUAUUCCUGAACACCUGCAGGGAACUAUGGACAAUCCCGGAAGGUGCGAUCGCGACGACGGCAGCAAACUACUUUUCCAAUGACCAGUCAAAGUACAUCUCGUUUGGUGUAGUAACUCAGAUGCCACGAAGCAGAAGGCGUCACCGGUCUCGUAGCCAUUCGAGAACACGUUCACAUUCUGUAGGCUCCCCACAAUAUGAGCAUAAACGCAGACGUAUCGAUUAUGAGAGUCCACAGAGCAAAGGAACCUAUAGAAAGUUGCAAGAAAAAAGGGGAGAGUGCGCGAGAGAGGGAACCAGUAGCUUUACUGAGACCAAUACCGGGAGCGAACGAUCUCUCCCCCUCUGUUCCCACGUCAUUCUAACCGGCAAUAGAGCUUCUCCAUGA